CAAGACGACGACGGCAGCAUUGAAGGAGAAUACCGAAGAAUCCCUGGGAUUCUAUAGAAAAAAACGACGUCGUCUUAAGGGAGAAAGAGAAAAAGAAAGAGUAAGAGCACAGGAAAAAAUACGAAGAGGAGAGUCGCUGCCUGAAAUUCAUUACCACCAAACCUCUUAACCUCCACACUGCAUAUUAUUUCUUGUUCUCCAAACAUUUACGAGCAUAGGAAAAUGGAUGUUAAUAACACAAAGGACAAAUAUAAAAAAGGAAAGAAUGGUGAACCUGUAGAUGAGGUCAACAAGGUAACGAGCGGAUCCCCCAAUGCUAAUGUACCGCCGCCGCCAACGUUAAUUAAUAAAAUCAAGUAUCAACCAGGUGUUUCGGUGAUUAAGAAGGACAAACGUCAGAGCAGCUCUAGAUUCAACAUAUCAAAAAAUCGUGAGCUUCAGAAAUUGCCAAAUCUCUGCGAUGUCCAAGCUGCUGAACAGAGAGAACAGUUGUUUAUACAAAAGCUUCGCCAAUGUUGCGUCCUUUUUGACUUCGAGACCGAUCCCCUUUCGGAUCUACAGUGGAAAGAGGUAAAACGUGGGGCACUCCACGACAUGGUGGAGUACGUAACGAAUAACAGCGACGUUAUCACUGAAGCCAUAUAUCCAGAGGUUGUCAAUAUGUUCGCUGUGAAUCUUUUCCGAACUCUACCUCCUUCGUCAAAUCCAAAUGGUGCAGAAUUUGAUCCGGAGGAGGAUGAGCCUACAUUAGAAGUUGCUUGGCCGCAUUUGCAAUUUGUUUAUGAAUUUUUUCUACGUCUCCUGGAAUCUGCCGACUUCCAGCCAUCGAUCGCCAAACGUUACAUAGAUCAUAAGUUCAUAUUACAGUUGCUUGACCUUUUCGAUUCUGAGGACCCAAGGGAACGAGAUUUCCUUAAGACAACGUUACAUAGGAUUUAUGGAAAAUUCCUAGGGUUGAGGGCCUAUAUACGCAAACAAAUAAACAAUGUGUUUUAUCGGUUUAUUUAUGAGACCGAACGCCAUAACGGUAUUGCUGAGCUUCUCGAAAUUCUUGGAAGUAUUAUAAAUGGCUUUGCACUGCCCCUGAAGGAAGAGCAUAAGACUUUCUUAUUAAAAGUCUUACUACCUCUGCAUAAGGCAAAAUCUCUGUCGGUUUAUCACCCACAGCUUGCUUACUGCAUUGUACAGUUCCUAGAGAAGGACGCUUCGCUUACAGAACCAGUCAUUAAGAAUCUUCUGAAGUUCUGGCCAAAGACGCGUUCCCCAAAGGAGGUCAUGUUCCUCAACGAGCUCGAGGAGAUACUUGACGUCAUUGAGCCCGCUGAGUUUCAAAAGGUCAUGGAUCCACUCUUCAGACAACUAGCGAGGUGUAUCUCUUCUUCGCAUUUCCAAGUAGCUGAGAGAGCUCUAUACUAUUGGAAUAACGAAUAUAUAAUGUCCUUAAUUUCGGAUAAUUACUUGAUCAUCCUACCUAUAAUAUAUCCAGCCUUGUAUAAAAAUUCUCGAAAUCAUUGGAAUAAAACGAUACAUGGUCUAAUUUAUAAUGCAUUGAAACUCUUUAUGGAAAUGAAUCAAAAGGUGUUUGAGGAGUAUAUACAGCAACAUCAACAGGAUCGACAAAAAGAACGCAAAUUAUUGAAAGAUAGAGAUGAGGCUUGGAUAAGGGUGGAGGCACUGGCUAUGAGGCAUCCGUCAUAUGCAACUAAAGUAGUACCAAAUAAUAAUCCUUUUAUAACGGCACAACUUGAAAAUAACUCAAUGCCUGAUGAAGACGGAGAAAAUGAACAAAUUAUGUUAACAGCUGAUAAAAUCGAGGCGAAGGUUAAUGAAGUAAGUGUACAAAACUAUUCUCAGGCAAAGAAAGUUUCAAACAUAAACAAGGUGAAACAACUAUUGCGAAGGAAAAGUGAAUUACCUCAAGAUUCCUAUACGAUUCGAGCACUUUCGGAUCAUAAAAGAGCGGAUGAAUAUCUUGUUACGCCACCGGAUUCUAAUAAUUGCUAGUCUCUACCUUGCUCUCUUCUGGUUUAUUUUCAAAUACGUAACAACGAGGUCGGGAGUUAAAGAAGUUUCUUUCUUUACAUCGAUCGAGUAAACUACUUGAAGGAUAAAUUAAAUUUGAUGGAGAUAAUUGUAAUUAAUUUAAAGAAGAGAAAAAAUGAAUAAGAAUG